ACUCUUCCUUUGAGCUCGUCUUUCUAAAACACACGCGAAAAGAAAAUCUGCGGUGGUGUGGUCGAAGAUGAAAUCUUUCAAGGAAGAAUUGUCGUUGGAAGAGAGGCUCGCGGAAUCGAGGGAGAUAAUCGCUAAGUACCCUACUCGGAUUCCAGUAAUUGCUGAGAAGUAUUGCAAAACCGAUCUGCCUGAUAUCGAGAAAAAGAAGUUUCUGGUUCCAAGAGAUAUGUCGGUUGGCCAAUUCAUCUACAUAUUGAGUGCUAGAUUGCACUUGUCUCCUGGUAAAGCCUUGUUCGUGUUUGUGAACAACACUCUGCCUCAAACAGCUGCUCUAAUGGACUCCGUAUACGAAACUUACAAAGACGAAGAUGGAUUCGUUUACAUGUGUUAUAGCAGUGAGAAAACCUUUGGUUGAACCAAAUCCAUGUUUUUACAUUUACUUCAUCAUAACCUCUUCACUACAUCAAAAGACACAAACACUUGUACGCUUAUGUGACUGUUUUAUCCUUAUACUGUUGUUCAUCUGUGCAAAAUCUUUGUACUUCAUUUUCAUCUCCAAAGUAUUUCCCCAAAACGCA